AACAGCAACUCCUUAUUCUCGAUGGCUACAUCCAGAUGACUUCCGAACAUCUACUCGGUAUAACAGAGAGGAACAGAUAUAUAACAUUUAGACGGGUUCCGAACAGAUACCCGGUAUUACUGAGGGAUACAUCUUUGGUGUUCAUAACGACGUUUCAUGCUUCUACACACACUUUCUCUCUUUUUCUUAUUCUUAAGAUUAAGCAAAUUCCGUUUAUAACGCUAACGUGAUUCUGAUAUAUAGGUAUUAUUUCCAUUUCGUCAUCGUCAACCUCCCCGUAGUCGUUGUCUUCCUGUUUGAACAAAAUUAUACACUGAUUACGAUUAGAUUGUUUUAUCAUCAUGUCUGAUAUACCGUCAGUACAGUGAUAAGUCGGUCUUACAGAUCUAGUGUUAUUACCGACCUGUAGCUACUGAUAUCAUUACUAUUAUAUACUGUUAGCCUGGAACUAUCCGGGAAAUAUGACAGCAGUAUUUCAGUUCGUCCUCCUAUCCAUACUGUUUCACGGCAUCAGUUCAGAGCCGGGGAAACUAUCAUUUGCGUCCUACUAUGGCGACCACAUGGUCUUACAGCGUGCCCCACAGCGAGCAGUGGUGUGGGGGUACGCCUCUCGACUUUUUGGGUCAGUCACCCUGACUGUGACGGGGGCGGGUACCGGCGGGGGUACAUAUACCUCACGUGUGUCCCCUCACCCAGACGUUGGCGGGACGUGGAGCGUCACUCUCCGGCCUGUUAACGACACCAAACCUUACACUAUCAAGUUAACCGACACGAGGAAUACAGAAGAACUCAGCGAUGUCUUGUUUGGAGAUGUCUGGCUCUGCUCGGGACAAAGCAACAUGCAGUUCACUGUGAAUAUGUCCUACAACGCGUCAGUACAACUGGAGGAUGUUGCUAACUACACAAGCGUCCGGGUAUUUACGGCACGAGAAGCCACGUCAAGUGUCGCCCUUCGGGACUUGAAAGCCGUACUGGAGCCUUGGUCCAUCCCAAGUAAAGCGUCCCUGGACGGUACAGAAUUUACCUACUUCUCGGACCUGUGUUGGCUUUACGGUAGAUAUCUUCACGACCAUCUCUACUACCCCAUUGGUCUAAUUGACACCACGUGGGGAGGGACAGCUAUUGAGCAAUGGUCGUCUUCGACAGUACUGAAGAAAUGCAACGUCACACCCAAACCGCUUCACGACUCUGAACUUUGGAACGCGAUGGUCAGUCCAUUCUCUAGCAUGUCGCUGUUUGGCGUUAUCUGGUACCAAGGGGAAUCGAACGCGGCGGAACCCAGUACAUACAACUGUACAUUCCCGGGGAUGAUCGAGGAUUGGCGCACGCAUUUCUCGUCCAACAGCGACACCAGGCCAGACUUUCCCUUCGGCUUUGUACAGCUUGGCGCCUUCCGGAAUGACUCUAGUAUCACCACUGGAUUCCCCGACAUUCGGUGGCACCAGACUGCUGAUAUUGGGUAUGUUCCGAACAACCGGAUGCCAAACACAUUCAUGGCGGUGGCGAUGGACCUUCCCGACUUCAAGUCUCCCUGGGGAAGUAUCCAUCCUCGGGAUAAAGACACAGUGGCCCGACGGCUGGUGAUGGCGGCCUUGUCGGUCGCCUACAACUUGACACUGGGGCAGAUCCAAGGGCCAUUCCCGGAAUCUUUCCAGGUUGAUAGCGCCUAUAUGACGCUCUACGUUCGGUAUGCCGACGGGAAUUUGGCUCCAAUCAGAUCAAAUAAAGGUUUCGAGGUAAUCUGUUCACCAUAUGACAAAUACAUCAACUCUCACCACGUUCACGACGGCGCCGACUGGUCGUCCGUACCGAUUAUCCAAUCGGAUGACACGUCUCUUACUCUCGACCUCCAACAGGCAUGCGCAAACCAAACUGUGGCGGGGGUGCGUUAUGCUUGGCGGGAAUCUCCGUGUGAUUACAAGGCCUGCGCCAUAUACUCCCGUUAUAGUGACCUCCCAGCCCCACCGUAUUAUGUUGUGGGAGAUCUGCCUUAGGGUGUGGUGAUGAGGACCCCAUUAAUCUAAGAGAACUGGUUCAUUCGGUCAUGACUUCGACUCUGUUGCAUUUUCAUCACUCCAUGACCUCGAUAGUUAGACACGUGAGUUUCCUUGCAACUGUACUGAACUUGGGAAACGAACAGAACGUGCAAUAUAUUGAUGAGAAAGCGGACGAGCUGUUGUUAUUUCAGUCUCUAGAUUAGGAUGUGAAAAGUUUACAAACUUAUGGAUUUUAUGGUUUCCAUUUUUUAAACUUUUAUAAGUCUAUAUGAAACAGGUCUUCAUAAUAAUAUUCGUAAUACAAGAUAAACCAGUUGUUAUAACCACAGGCGCAUGCAUAGAAAAUGUUAUUUUCAUGUUUUUUGACAGUGGUAUGUGUAAUCUAUUAAGCUGAAGGUUGGCAACAACGCCACGAGCGAAACGGCACCCCAUCUCACUUCAACCGACUAAAAAACA